AUGGCAAAAAAUUAUAUCGGCAUAAAGUUGGUUGAUGUAUGGCUGACUGUAAGACAAACUACAACAACAACAACGACUACCAUUACAACAAACCAACUGAACAACACCACCACCACCACAACAACCGCAACCACCACCUAUCCGACAAUCAUUACCACCAAAAGACAUAAAACUACCAUCACAGUAAAACAAAACAGAACCACUCCAACAGCCACUACCACAACUACGAUUACAACCACCAGAUCACCCACAAUCUCUCAAAAAACAACCUCCAGAAUCAAAUCUCCAAUAACAACCACUAACAACAGAAGACCAAUAACAAGAAAACCAUCAUUAAACACUCUAGUGACUACAACUAAUACUUCCCCAAGGAUGACGAUCGCUAAUAAACUACGAAGUACCAUCACAACAAAACCACACACCACCGCCAUCAAUACAAAUACAACCACAAAUCCGCCAACCAUCACCACCACUUCAAUGACCACCACCAUUACCAGAAAUAUUACAAACACCACAGUGAAACCUAACACCAGCUCCACAAUAACAACCACCACAACAGAAGCAACCACAACCAACUCUACUCCAACCACCAUCACUACAAUGAAGCCACGACCAAUAACCAAAAGUCCUAUGAUACAUUUCCCAGAUACCACAGACGACGAGCAUCUUGAGAGGCAUAAAAUACAGACCCUAGAAAUCCCAGAGGUGGAUCAGGUGCCCAGAAGGAGCAAGUAUCCCCCGUCGACCAGUCACACCCGCCGUGAGCUCUAUGAGCAGGGACAUCCACAAACCAUCACCACCACUUCACUGACCACCACCACUACCAAAAAUAUAACAAACACCACAGUGAAACCUAACACCAGCAUCACAAUAACAACCACCACAACAGAAGCAACAACAAACAACACUACUCCAACCACCACCAUUACAACGACGCCACGACCAAUAACCAAAAGUCCUAUGAUGCAUUUCCCAGAUAUCACAGACAACGAGGAUCUUGAGAAAUUUAACAAACAACGUCCACUGACCAGUAAAGAAUCAACACAGCAUGAUGAGGCAGAAGAGGAAACAACUUCAAAUACAAUUUACAUAAUCGUUGGUGUGGCCGUGGGGGUCGUGCUCGUGAUAAUGUUUUUGUUCCUGAAAGUUAAAAACGUUUAUGAGACUCUUAUGAUAACUUCUAGAACUCAUUUUGAGGAAAUAUCAGCUACAACUACUAGUAUAUAA